UGCCGCAGCGGUGCAUUCUGGGCGUGCGACAAGAUGGCGGCGCCCUUGCGCGAGUGCUGAGCAACAAUCCGUAUCGGCGAAGGGGAGAGAGAUAGAACGAGAAAAAGGAAGAGAGUGGGAGAGGGGGAAAAAAGGAGAAGUAGACGUAAGAGAAGAAGAAGCAAAAGUGGAAUAAAAUCGAUUUCGGCGCACUUUCGGGUUCACGGCGCCGGAAGAAGGAGGGGGAGGAGGAGAAGGAGGAGGAGACGCCGCGAGGGCUGCGUGCCGGAGCGUUGAGUCCCCGAGAGUCCGCGUGAAUGAAACCGAAAAUGACCAUGACCAUGGUGAUGAUGAUGAUGAUGGUCAUAGUAGAGCUGGGCCUGCGUCCGACCCGUUCCCCCUAACGAAGACCCGUCCUCACAUACAAUAAAGUGCACUUGUUUAAAAACUCGAUAUAAAAAUCAUUUUAAUAAAAACAGCACCAGACGACCAUCUUCGGAUUUUUCUCGCGGCUCGUGCUUGAGAUUGUGGACGCGGCCGUGUCUUUUGCAAGGAGCCUGAUGAAGAUGGACACGGAGCUGCUCCACUCGCCUGCCGUGGCGCUGUCAGAGGAAGACGAGGCCGAUAUGAGUGACUGGAACCUUCCUCUGGCCUUCAUGAAGAAACGGCACCUAGAGAAGAUCGAGGGUUCAAAAGCACUCGCACAGAGCUGGAGGAUGAAGGACAGGAUGAAGACGGUGAGUGUUGCACUCGUUCUCUGCCUGAAUGUUGGAGUCGACCCUCCUGACGUGGUGAAGACGUCGCCCUGUGCCAGGCUGGAGUGCUGGAUAGAUCCUCUGUCGAUGAGUCCGCAGAAGGCGCUGGAGACGAUCGGAGCCAAUCUGCAGAAACAGUACGAGAACUGGCAACCCAGGGCGCGGUAUAAGCAGAGUUUAGACCCCACGGUGGACGAGGUGAAGAAGCUGUGCACGUCUCUGAGGAGAAACGCUAAAGAGGAACGCGUCCUGUUCCACUACAACGGACACGGCGUCCCCCGUCCCACCGUCAACGGGGAGAUCUGGGUCUUUAACAAGAACUACACUCAGUACAUCCCUCUGUCCAUCUAUGACCUGCAGACAUGGAUGGGGAGUCCCUCCAUCUUUGUGUACGACUGCUCUAACGCCGGCAUCAUCGUCAAGUCCUUCAAACAGUUUGCACUGCAGAGGGAGCAGGAGCUGGAGCAGGUGGCGGCGAUAAACCCGAACCACCCCCUGGCUCAGAUGCCCCUCCCUCCUUCCAUGAAGAACUGCAUCCAGCUAGCAGCUUGUGAAGCUAACGAGCUCCUCCCUAUGAACCCUGACCUUCCUGCUGACCUCUUCACCUCCUGCUUGACCACGCCCAUCAAAAUUGCCCUGCGCUGGUUCUGUAUGCAGAAAAGUGCUAAGCUGGUGCCAGGAGUCACACUGGACCUGAUCGAGAAGAUCCCUGGCCGUCUGAAUGACAGGAGGACGCCGUUAGGAGAGCUCAACUGGAUCUUUACCGCCAUCACAGACACCAUCGCUUGGAACGUGCUACCUAGAGAUCUUUUCCAGAAACUCUUCCGCCAGGAUCUGUUGGUUGCCAGUCUGUUCCGGAACUUUCUAUUGGCUGAGAGGAUCAUGAGGUCAUACAACUGCACUCCGGUCAGCAGUCCAAGGUUACCGCCCACCUACAUGCACGCCAUGUGGCAGGCGUGGGAUCUGGCCGUGGAUAUCUGCCUCUCUCAGCUUCCCACCAUCAUCGAGGAGGGCACGGCUUUCAGGCAGAGUCCGUUUUUUGGCGAGCAGCUCACGGCGUUUCAGGUGUGGCUCACGAUGGGGGUGGAGAACAGAAACCCACCUGAGCAGCUCCCUAUUGUCCUACAGGUCCUCCUGAGUCAGGUGCACAGGUUGCGAGCGUUGGACCUGUUGGGUCGUUUCCUGGAUCUCGGACCCUGGGCUGUCAGCCUGGCUCUAUCAGUAGGAAUAUUUCCAUAUGUUUUGAAGUUGUUACAGAGUUCAGCGCGAGAGCUUCGUCCUCUCCUCGUCUUCAUCUGGGCUAAAAUCCUUGCUGUGGACAGUUCAUGUCAGGCUGAUCUGGUGAAGGAUAACGGUCAUAAGUACUUCCUGUCAGUGUUGGCUGAUCCGUACAUGCCGGCCGAGCACCGCACCAUGGCCGUCUUCAUCCUGGCAGUUAUUGUCAACAAUUACAACACAGGACAGGAGGCGUGUCUGCAGGGGAACCUGAUAGCGAUCUGUCUGGAGCAGUUAAGCGAUCCUCAUCCCCUCCUGCGUCAGUGGGUCGCGAUCUGCCUCGGCCGCAUCUGGCACAACUUCGACUCUGCUCGCUGGUGCGGCGUUCGGGACAGUGCUCACGAGAAACUCUACAGCCUCCUGUCAGACCCCAUCCCCGAGGUGCGUUGUGCAGCCGUAUUUGCGUUGGGGACUUUUGUGGGGAAUUCAGCAGAAAGGACGGAUCAUUCCACCACCAUCGAUCACAAUGUGGCUAUGAUGCUCGCACAACUCAUCAACGACGGGAGCCCCGUGGUCAGGAAGGAGCUGGUGGUGGCUCUCAGUCACCUGGUGGUUCAGUACGAGAGCAACUUUUGCACUGUCGCUCUGCAGUUUAUGGAGGAGGAGAAGAACUAUGCAGCACCCUCACCUGCUAACACUACAGAGGCGGGGAACGUGACUCCGGUGAGGGAGCGAGACAGUCCGGCGGUUCCUCGUCUCCGCUCUGUUAACUCCUACACCAACAUCCGAGCGGCGAGCAGCGCCCGCAACCUCAACAAGAGCCUCCAGAACCUCAACCUCAACGAGGAAGGCGGGCCCGUGACCUUCUCUCCCGGUAAUCUGAGUGCCAGCAGCAGUGCCAGCAGCACCCUCGGCAGCCCCGAUAAUGACGAGUUCCUCCUGUCCUUUGAGACCAUUGAUAAGAUGAGACGCGUCAGCUCAUACUCGUCUCUCAACUCGCUCAUCGGUGUGUCCUUUAACAGCGUAUACACACAGAUCUGGCGUGUGUUGUUACACCUGGCGGCUGAUCCGUUUCCUGAGGUGUCUGAUUUGGCCAUGAAGGUGCUGAAUAGCAUCGCCUAUAAGGCUACGAUGAAUGCACGGCCGCAGAAGAUUUUGGACUCGGGUUCUCUCACGCAAUCUGCACCCGCCAGUCCAACCAGCAAGGGAACACUCAUACACCAAGCUGGCGGGUCUCCACCUAUCCCGGGCGUGUCCAGUUCCAGCCUCACCAACGACGUGCCAAAACCACCACAAGCCCCGCCCACUCGCCCUCCGUACACACCCACUUUAGGCUCUCAGGCUCCGCCUCAUUCGCACCAAUUCUCACGAACACGCAAAAUGUUCGACAAGGGACCCGACCAGAUGGCAGAGGAUGGGGAUGAGACUCCCGCUCACAGGAACUUUCUCAGUGUGACUCUUCAGACCGGACUGUGUGAAUGGAGCGCCAAAUACUUCGCACAACCCGUCAUGAAGAUCCCGGAGGAGCACGAUGUGGAGAGUCAGGUGAGGAAGGAGAGAGAGUGGAGGUUCCUGAGGAACGCUGGAGUGCGCCGCCAGAGCCAGCGUAUCACAAAGAGAGGAAUCACCCGAUUGGACGAUCAGAUCUUCAUCAACAGGAACCCUGGAGUGCCCUCGGUGGUGAAGUUCCACCCGUUUAACCCCUGCAUCGCCGUCGCCGACAAAGACUCCAUCUGUUUUUGGGACUGGGAGAAAGGAGAGAGGUUGGAUUACUUCUAUAAUGGGAAUCCCAGAUACACUCGCAUCACAGCGAUGGAGUACCUGAACGGACACGACUGCUCCCUCCUUCUCACCGCCACGGAUGACGGGGCGUUACGGAUCUGGAAGAACUUUGCAGACCAGCGCAACCCCGAAAUGGUGACGGCAUGGCAGGGUCUCUCAGACAUGCUGCCCACCACACGAGUGUGUGGAAAAGCGUUUUGGAAUUGCAGCGUGAGUCGGGACUCUAGAGAAAACCCCGGCUGCUCGGGUUUAGCUCGGCGAGUUUCAAUCUAUCUUGACAGAAGUAAGCAGGGAGGUGCAGGAAUGGUGGUUGACUGGGAACAAGAGAACGGUCUCCUCAUGACCUCUGGAGAUGUGCGAGUCAUCCGGAUCUGGGACACAGAGAGAGAGAUGAAAGUCCAGGACAUCCCGACAGGUGCAGACAGCUGUGUGACGAGUGUGUCAUGUGACCCGCAGCGUUCCCUAGUGGUGGCCGGUCUCGGAGACGGAUCGGUGCGUGUGUAUGAUCGUAGGAUGGCACCCAAUGAGUGUCGUGUGAUGACGUAUCGGGAGCACGGCGCGUGGGUGGUGAAGGCUCACCUGCAGAGAGAGACAGACGGACACAUCAUCAGUGUUAGUGUAAAUGGAGAUGUGCGGUUCUUCGACCCCCGGUUGCCCGACUCCAUCAACGUCCUGCAGACGGUGAAGGGACUGACGGCUCUCGACAUCCACCCUCAAGCCAACCUGUUUGCCUGUGGUUCUAUGAAUCAGUUCAUCGCUUUGUAUAACUCCAGCGGUGAUGUCAUCAGUAAUAUUAAAUACUAUGACGGGUUCAUGGGGCAGAGGAUCGGUGCUAUCAGCUGCUUAGCGUUCCACCCAUACUGGCCGCACUUGGCCGUGGGCAGCAACGACUACUACAUGUCCAUCUACUCGACGGACAAGAGACUGAGAUAACACCGUGACCUCUGACCUCUCGAUGUUACGUGCCCUUUGAACGGGCAGGAUGCAAAAUGACUUCUUGUACAUAUGCAACUACCACCAUGAAUGUUUAGUGAAGGCUGCUGAAGUCUCACAGUCACUAUUGGAAUAACAGCAGUAAUAAUAGAGUCAUUAUUAUUAUUAUUAUUAUUAUUAUUAUU